AAAUCAGUUCAGUUGCCAACGAGCUCUGCGACUGGAAACAUUUCAAGAAAUCAGGAAAGAAGAGAAGCGAAAGAUGUCUGCGUGUAAAGUGCUCAGUGCUCAGUGCCUGCUGCUUGGUGUCUGCCUUUUGGCCUUGGUAGCUGCCCAGGUGCCCAUCACGCCUCGCGCAUGUCCGGCCAAUGAGACAUUUCUGCCCUGCGGUCCCAGCUGCCAGACGGAGUGUGCUACGCUGAACCAGCCCUGCCUGAUCAGGCAUAUUCGUUGCCCCGACGGCUGCUACUGCAACACAGGCUUUGCCCGCGACUCCGCUGGCACCUGCAUACCCAUCGCUCAGUGCAGCAGACGUGGCUCCUACUCCAUUUAAACACACUUCAAUCGAUGACAAAAGAUUCCCAAGUCGAUAAACAGCUGCCGAGUUUUAUUUACUUGUGCGUGUUAUUGUUUUUAUUGCCGCGUUUUAAAUUAUGAGUCUAAACAGUGCUCCAUAGGCUCUUAAAUGGGGCUUAAUUACAAUCAACAUCUGAGUAA